UUUGAUAUAAAAUAACUAUGUACGUUGUAAGUGGCGCAAAUUUACAUGGCCAGUGGUUUGUUGCGAUUCCUGUGUUAGAUGCAUUUCAACACGUAUCCCUAAAAAACCAUGAUGAUGAUAUUGAUAAAGGAGAACUCAAAUUAAUUCAUAUCUGCUGGUCGUAUAAUCUGUUUCAAGAUAAAAAUAAAUUUUACUUAUCCGGAUCAUUUAAUGGAAAAAACAAAAAGUUAAUUAAGCUGCCUUUACCGACAAAAGUUGUAUGCAACAAAUUAUUGUUAUGUGGAAAUGACUACAGUUUAUUUCUAUUUGAGACAGAGUUACAUACAAUGUGGGUAAUCAGUUUGGAAGAUACAGAGAAUGUUAAGAAAAUAAAUAUGAAGACAGAAAUUCCAAGUACAGUUAAACGGUUGAAAGAAGAUGAUGCUAUUGUUAAAGUUUGUACUUCAAACUUUAAUUUAAUUUGUUUAACAGCAAAAGGAACUGUUUAUAGCGGACUACUGCCUGGACCCUUAGAUGUCUCCAACUGCUUAGGCAAAAUUUGUGAUGUUCAAUGUGGAUAUGAGCACUAUCUUCUGCUUACUGAUAAAGGCAAAGUUUAUUCAUGGGGAAAUGGAAGGAGGCUACAGCUGGGCCAUGGAGAUCUUAACAAUAUUGACUCUCCCAAAGAUGUAGAAGCUCUCAGUGGUAUUAACAUAACUAAGAUAAGUGCUGGAGGUUGGCACUCUCUAGCAUUAAGUGAAUCAGGAGACCUAUACGCUUGGGGAUGGAAUGAAACUGGACAGUUAGGAAUAAAAGAGACGGAGCAAGUUGACAAUGACCAAAUAAAAGUCCACCAAAGUGGCCUCAACAGCUACAGUCAGCCCACAAUAGUUGACAUAUUUGAUGAAAAUGGUGAUAUAUGUGACACUAAUGUAAAAUACAUAUCAUGUGGUAAUCUACAUUCUGCAAUAAUAUUAGAAGACAAUACUGUGUGGACAGCAGGCUGUAAUAAAUAUGGACAAUUAGGAUUUGCAAUAGAAACCACAAAAAGGAAACAUUUUUUCCAAAAGGCAUAUCAGUGUUUAGAAAAUUCCUUGAUAAAAUGUGGGUCUUGGGUUACUGUUAUUUACUAACUGUAAGUUAACAAAAUGUAUCUUAGGGUGGCAUUCCACCUGUCCAAUUUCUUUGUCCAAUCUGUAUUUCCGAUGACCGCAGCCGCAGUUUUCCGUUUCAAGAAAUAUCAAGGGGCUUACCGCGAAAACCGUAAUUCGCAAAUUGCGGGGAUCUUUCUCUUUUACUCAUUAAUGUAUAUAUCUAUGGACUGGCCUUACGGGCACUAAAAAUGGUACUACUUUAGCGGUAUGACUCACGAAUUCCAGCCAAUCGUGCAGUCUAACGCAACUAAUCAACCAAUAGCGUUGUACCGGUGUCACACCGCUGUACUGGCCCCUGUCAUGCCUCAUUAUUAUUGUCCGUAAAGCCGGUCCCUAGACAUCUAUGUCAAUGCUUUUACUCCAAUGAACUUAAUAGGGAGUAUUACUGCAAUGCUCUGCCGCCAGAAUGCAGCACUAUUUUGUUUAGUAAACCAUAGAGUAACUUAUAUAUACUACAUACUACGCCUUAAACACUUUUUUGACAAGUUUUCACUGUGACAUUGAUGCACCAAGGCGGUUUGUUUACAGGUGGCCUACCGCGAAACGCUAAAAUCGAAAUUUCUUUAUCUGCCUCUCUAUCGAUGCUAUCGAUCGAAUAAGCAAGAGUGAUAGAGAGGCAGAAACCGAACUUUCGAUUGUCGUGUUUCACGGUAGGCCAUGUGAUUUACCUAGUGACGCAUGAUGUCUCAUUGAUGAUGUCAAUGAGGUUUGUUUACUGUAUGUGCUAGUGGUGCCUCCUAUGCAGAGCUUUACCUAAUAUUCUCUAUUAGAGUGACAGAGAAAUAUGCCCGCAAUUUGUGAACUUUGAUCAGUGGCGGAUUUGCAGUCUUUGCCGCCCUAGGCUCAGGCCCUGUAGCCGCCCCUUUCUCAGCACCCAUCAUAUUGACUACAUUUUGAGUUAUUUCUUGUUGUAAUGCAGCGAAUUUUUUGUCACAAUUUGCCGCCCUAGGCCCGGGACUAUUUGGGCUUAGGGCAAAUCCGCCACUGACUUCGAUUUACGCGGUUAUAGCCCAAAACAUCGUUAACCCAUUCGCCGCCAGCAACUUGUAAAUUUAGUAGUCUGUUUGGAAAGAGAUCAGUCGUGGACUGUCGU